GCCCGGGGGAUUGGGCCGGCACAAUGACAUGCCUAUGGUCGGUGGUGGAUUGGGAUCGAAUAUAAUCACACACAGCUCACAGACUCCCUCGACCUUGGACGACGGCGAGCACACACUGAUCAAGUGUUAUCCUGCCAUCUCCUCAUCCGCAACUCCGUCUGUCCUUCCUGCCCCGUCGUCGCCCCAUCUACACGUCCUGAAACGUAAAAAUCCGACACGAUGCCCGUCGCUACCACUCGACCUCUCGUCCCCGGAGUCUGGGCUCCCAUCCCCACCUUUUUCGAUGCCAACGAGGAGAUCGACGUUCCGACGUUUGUCGCCCACACCGUCCGUCUGGCACAGGCCAAGAUGAACCCCGUCAUCUGCGGUUCCAUGGGUGAAGCUCAUCACCUGACAAACGAAGAACGUACGACCUUGAUUAAAGCCGCACGAAAGGGUCUCGAUGAGGCUGGAUUGAACGAUGCGACCAUCAUCGCCGGAACUGGUGUCGGCUCGACCAAGGGAUCGAUCCAACUCAGCAAAGAAGCCGCCGAGGCCGGUGCCGAUUUCGCCAUCGUCAUCCCCUCGGGAUACUAUGCCGGAGCUCUGGGCCGGGAAGCCUUGAAGCAGUACUUUGUCGAUGUCGCCGAGGCCUCGCCUAUCCCCGUCAUGGUCUACAACUUCCCUGGUGCUGCGGGAGGGAUCGACAUGGAUUCGGAUCUGAUCAUCGAUAUCGCAAAGGGCUCAUCCAACAUCUGCGGAGUCAAGCUUACUUGCGGAGCUGUCGGAAAGCUCACUAGGAUCACGGCUGCGACGACAUCAGACGAGUUCAAGCGAGACUACCCCCGAAGGAACCCCCAGGCACCUUUCUUAACUCUAGGUGGAUUUGCCGACUUCAUGCUCCCUACCGUCCUCGGAGGCAAGGCCCACGGUGCCAUCAUGGGUUUGGGCAACGUCUACCCCCACGCCCUCGCCCAACUUUACUACGGAUCCGCCGACCUGCUCAACGAGACCCCUCGAGCUUCUUUGGCCGAGAUGACCCGUCUCCAAGGUCUCGCCUCCGAGGCCGACUGGGCGUUCGUCGCAGCUGGGAUCGCGGGGACCAAGUAUUACCUGCAACAGACCAGGGGUUACGGAGGAGUCUGUCGGUUGCCGAUCUUGCCUUUCCCCGAGGACAAGGGGGCCAAGCUUUUGAAGGACGACCGAGUCAACCAGUUUAUGGAGGUCGAGAAGAAGUUGGAGGCUCAAGCCAAGGGGUCGAAGGUGAACGGAUCGACGAACGGUCAUUAGGUCAGGUGAUCCAAGGCGAAGGGGAGGAUGAGCGAAGUUUCCUUUUCUUUUUGCUGUAUGGGGUUCGAUACGGUUCGGUUUGAAUUGACCCUCGAGCGCCAGGCCUUGAGGUUGUGUUGUACAAGUAACGAUAGCGCACAGACAUGCAACAUGGGGACAUCGGCUCUAUAGUCGUCUUUACUUCGAAGUUACAGUGGCC